GGGCGGGCCGUCCGAACGGUCCCGCGUCAUUGCGAGGCGCGGUUAGAAAGAGGAAGUGGGUUUCAUUUAAAGUAGGAAGACCGCUGAACGAGCGAAACCAGCGAGCCAGGAUUCUUGCUUCGGAGACCGGCGUUUGGCCUCUGCCGACAGAGGCUUCAACCCCACCCCCCACCCCAGACUGUCUCGGGUGUGAGCGACCCGUUCGCGGUCCGGUGGCUGGUUCGAGGCUGCCCGGGCUCACUUCUGCACCGUCGGUUCUAUCCGACCGUUUUCUUUCGCGGGUUUUAAAAAGAAGAGAAAAUGAACGUUAUUUAUAUCCGCGAACGAGGGCAGCUUCGUCAUAACGGUCUCCACCAGACAGCGGCCGAGUCGGUGUCGUGCAGACCUCAGACCAGGCCGCUCCUGUCGAAGAGGGAGCACUUCGUAUUCGUCUACAACGCCGAGGGAAGUCUGAGGUACUCGGCGAAAUCUCUCUUCGACAUCUCCCUGUUAUUCGUAGCCGACAACGUCCGCCACGUCGACUCGCUGCGCGGCUUUCCCGAGCAAAUGGGCGAAAAACUCUUCGCCGCGGCCGAGGAAAGGCUCGCGUUUUCGCACGCCGACGCGGCCGCGAGAGCUCUGCGCGUGUUCGGUGACGCGUACGGGGAGCUGGUGCUCGGGUCCCUCUGCCUAAGAAACAGCUUUUGUCUUUUGUCCGAGCGGAUGGACGAAAUCAGAGCGUUCCGCAGUUUGAAGUCUCUGGAUCUCUUCGGCUGCAGACUAGGGGACAGCCACGAGAUUUUCCAGCAUUUAACGUCCAACUCCCUGGUCAGCUUGAUUAAUCUCUUCAUUGGAGGCAACGGUAUGUCAGACGUUGGCUUGCAAAGACUCACUGCGCCUGUAAGGAUACUGAAGAAGGGACUGAACAAUCUUCAGCUCCUGGAUCUGUCUUACAACCCCAUCUCAGAACGGGGUAUUGGAUACCUUACAUGCCUCUCAAACCUACAAAAUCUCGAUGUGUCAGGGACCAAUUUGAAGCUUAGCACUGUGCUGAAAAAAACUAUGCGAGACCUGACAGGACUUGUUCAAUCAGAGAGGCCGCUGGAUGUCUUUGAUCAUUCAAGAUGUACAACUGAAGGUUGGGCACAACAGGUUAUAAACCAAUGGGAAACAAAUGCAAUGGAAAUGCCAAAACAGAAAAAGAUUGAAGGAUUACGAGCUUCAGCAAUUUGCUUCUAUGGCAGGAAAAGGGUUGUACAUGCACUAGACGCACCACCUUUGAUAUUGGAGAAAGAGGAAGAUGCCAAAAGAGAGUGGCUACAUUUCUACAGACCAGCAGUGAUCAACCGCAAACCCGAAGUUCAACAGUUUGGCAAAACAAAUGAUCACACAGAGACUUCCUGUUGCAAUGUCAAAAAAAGGCAGCAGCAGCCGGCGUGCAGUGACAGUUUGCAUCAGAGCUCCCCAGCAAAACGUUUCUCAUCAUCUGCUGUCACAGCGGAGGACAUGGACCUAUUGAACACCUAUUGAUGAUGCAGCCAUCUCACAGUCCAUUGAGAACUGGGAACAGCCUGACAUGUCAAGUCGUUAAACAGCAAACACAAACAUCUAAGCUCAGAGUUUGGAAACAUUUCCUAGGUGAUGUGCAGAGGCCAAUCGUUACAGCUUUUCUUGUCUGCAUCUAGUUCCCUGUAGUUUUUCUUUUGGUUGGUUGAGUUUUGGGCAGAUAUGCUCAUGGAACCAAUUUUGAUGGUUGCAUUGUUUUAUCUAGGAGAUCCAGUUUUGAGGGUUUCAGCAUCAGAACAUGAUCGUCAGAGAGGUGACUCGGGAAGUCACUGAUUUCUUAACUUCUUUAUUUAUUCAUUUUCCUGACCUAGACCUUAAUAUUGUAAUAAAUAGGUUGCGGCAUGUUCGGUUACUGCACGUAUCCAUCCUCAUGUCAUUAUAGAGGUCUGAGGGUGGUAAACAUGUCAUCUCACAAGAAGCCUGUGAUGAUCUUUGCUGCCUUGCAUAAAUAAUUGAUUGUAGAACCAAUUGUAAAAUGUAAAUCCAGGAAAAAGGUUUUUUUUUCUCCCUGGAUACAGUUAUUUAAUUGCAGUUAUUUAAUUUAAUAAAGAAUCUGAUGAUGCACGUAUUGUAUAUUUAUGAUCAUCAGCAGAAUGUAGUUGUAACUUAAAAUGUCAUUGAAAUGGAGAAAAUGCCUCGCUGACUUGGGAAACUGAAUUCUUCAUGAGAGAAAUUUGCCUUGGGCUUAGGUUUGAUUACAUUUGUGUGUGAAAUUGUGAUUACAACUGUUAAACGGCAGUAUUUUGGUGUGAUUCCUUAUAGCGUAAACAUCAAAUAAUCAACUUACCUUCUAAGUGUUGUAGCUGAUUGAAAUGAACAUGAACUAAACUAUUGCACAAAGGGUAAUGGAAAUAUUUAAGAAAUAAAUAUUGAAAUAUGCACGGUCUGCA